UCGAGAUCAUUUGGAAACCCUGCAUCCAACGGCCAAGGCCCUUCUCUCCAGCUCUCCAAGAGGACCAAGACUCCUAGCCCUCCUCUCUCGAGUCAAAGUGAAUACUGGCUCACUGAGAACCUCGGGCUCUCCGCCCACGUCGUCGGCGACGUCACCACGCCUCCCGUCUCGGCCGGCGACCUCCUCGCCUCCGCCGGCCCCGGCAACUUCUCCACCAUCGACGCCAUCUGCAGUGUGGCCAAGUUCACCGGGGCCCGCGUGGCGCUGCUGACCGCGCGGCCAGAGGCGGGGAGAAUGGCGUGCCGGAGCGCAAACGCGGUGGCGUACAUCCCGGCCCAAACCAUGGCUGACGGCGAGGAGUCGGGAGCUUCGCUAGGGGUGAGGUUGCCGAUGGGGAGCGUGUACGAGGGGGCGGGGGCGCCUUUCAUGCUGUUCGAGAUGGUGGUGCUGCGGCUGGCCGAAGUGCUAGGCCAGGCACCGUCCCACCUCUGCUCGCGCCAUACCAACCUCGAAUAGAUUUAGCAGCAAACAAUGUUGGUAGUAGCAGUCGAAGGACUCCUUGGAUUCAGAGAUGAGGGCGCGGGCGAACUUGAUGCGGUCUUUAGCCUCCUUCUCGAGGGGGCGGAGGGAGUCCUCAUCGAAGGGGAGGACAGAGUCGAGGCGGGCGGCGAGGGAGGAGGAGGAGGUGAGGUCUUCGAA